UGGAGAGUGGAGCAGGAAAGCACUGGACUGAGGAGGAGGUUAAAGCUUUGCUAAGUGUCUGGGCAGAAAAAAAUAUACGAAAACAACUUUAUGGAACACUAAGAAAUAAAGGAAUAUUUAUUUACAUUGCUAAAAGGCUGCAAUCAUUAGGAGUAUACAGAGACUGGAAACAGUGCCGGGCUAAGUACAAAAAUCUCAAAUAUGAAUACAGAACAGUUAAAUAUGCCCAUAACUCUGGAGACAGCUCUAAAACUAUGAAGUUCUUCCACGAUUUGGAUGUAAUCCUGCAGUAUGAACCUGCCACACAAUUUACAGAGGAAGAUGCAAAUGGCAGGUACCUGGAAACGCUCAGCCCAAGUACAGCCCCAGAGACCACUGAAGGUAAAAUGUCAAUUGCAUCAGAAGAUAAGGAAGAUGUCUCAGGAAAUCCUUUACUUCUGGUUUCUCAUGUCAGACCAAUGGAACUAGGUAUCUCUACGUCAGUAUUGGAACCCUCUAAUAAUACAACUUUUAUCCCAACUGUAGCAAAUGAAGGAGGAAAGCACUGGACUGUGAGAGAAGUCAGGGCUCUAAUAGACAUCUGGUCUGAUAAAAGCAUACAACGACAACUAGAGGGAACAGUGAGAAAUAAGAGGAUAUUUGAACAAAUUGCGGCCAAGCUUCAGAAAUUUGGAAUAGAGAGAGACUGGAAACAGUGCAGAACAAAGUACAAAAACCUAAAACAUGAAUACAAGAUCAUAAGAACAGCUCAAGAUCUAGGCAUGACUAAGAGUAUGAAAUUUUUUACUGAGUUGGAUGCUAUUCUGGGACCCAAUAAAACAGAAAAAUCACGAGACCAGGAGUCCCAAGAUGGAGAACAUGUCACAGAAUGUGCCAACGUAAAAAUGGGAGAGGACCAGACAGAAUUAUUUGAAGGUCAUAACAAAAGCCAAGGAACUUUGAGCUUCAAGAGGAAAGCACAUGACGAUGAACCAGUGUCUAAAUCUCUUAAGAAAAGUGCUCCUGAGAUCAUUACAAAUCAGUUUCCUCAAAGCAUAAUAACAGAACCAAAAGAUUCUACAGAAUGUUUCUGCAGACAGGAAACCCAACUUCAUCAGAGUUCUGCCUUGCUUCCCGGCGCGGUCGCAGUCCUCAGCCCACUCAGGAUAAUGGCGACAGCUGAGGUACUGAACAUUGGUAAAAAAUUGUAUGAAGGUAAAACAAAAGAAGUCUACGAAUUGUUAGACAGCCCAGGAAAAGUCCUCCUGCAGUCCAAGGACCAGAUUACAGCAGGAAAUGCAGCUAGAAAGAAUCACCUGGAAGGAAAAGCUGCAAUCUCAAAUAAAAUCACGAGUUGUAUUUUUCAGCUGUUACAGGAAGCAGGUAUUAAAACUGCCUUCACCAGAAAAUGUGGGGAGACAGCUUUCAUUGCACCCCAGUGUGAAAUGAUUCCAAUUGAAUGGGUUUGCAGAAGAAUAGCAACUGGUUCUUUUCUCAAAAGAAAUCCUGGUGUCAAGGAAGGAUAUAAGUUUUACCCACCUAAAGUGGAGUUGUUUUUCAAGGAUGAUGCCAAUAAUGACCCACAGUGGUCUGAGGAACAGCUGAUUGCUGCAAAACUUUGCUUCGCUGGACUUGUUAUAGGCCAAACUGAAGUGGAUAUCAUGAGUCAUGCUACACAGGCUAUAUUUGAAAUACUGGAGAAAUCCUGGUUGCCCCAGAAUUGUACACUGGUUGAUAUGAAGAUUGAAUUUGGUGUUGAUGUAACCACCAAAGAAAUUGUUCUUGCUGAUGUUAUUGACAAUGAUUCCUGGAGACUCUGGCCAUCAGGAGAUCGAAGCCAACAGAAAGACAAACAGUCUUAUCGGGACCUCAAAGAAGUAACUCCUGAAGGGCUCCAAAUGGUAAAGAAAAACUUUGAGUGGGUUGCAGAGAGAGUAGAGUUGCUUUUGAAAUCAGAAAGUCAGUGCAGGGUUGUAGUGUUGAUGGGCUCUACUUCUGAUGUUGGUCACUGUGAAAAAAUCAAGAAGGCCUGUGGAAAUUUUGGCAUUCCAUGUGAACUUCGAGUAACAUCUGCGCAUAAAGGACCAGAUGAAACCCUGAGGAUUAAAGCUGAGUAUGAAGGGGAUGGCAUUCCUACUGUAUUUGUGGCAGUGGCAGGCAGAAGUAAUGGUUUGGGACCAGUGAUGUCUGGGAACACUGCAUAUCCAGUUAUCAGCUGUCCUCCCCUCACACCAGACUGGGGAGCUCAGGAUGUGUGGUCUUCUCUUCGACUGCCCAGUGGUCUUGGCUGUUCAACCAUACUUUCUCCAGAAGGAUCAGCUCAAUUUGCUGCUCAGAUAUUUGGAUUAAACAACCAUUUGGUAUGGAGCAAACUGCGAGCAAGCAUUUUGAACACAUGGAUUUCCUUGAAGCAGGCUGACAAGAAAAUCAGAGAAUGCCAUUGAAUUUUUUAGGGGAAAAACUACAAAGUUCUAAUUUAGCUGAAGGAAAAUCAAGCAAAAUGAAAAGGUAAUUUUAAAUUAGAGAACACAAAAUGUAUUAGUGAAUAAAUGCUUUUCUAGAUCCAUAUUAAUAAA